CAUGUUUACAACUAAAUCGCAAUUUUAUUAAGCUAGCUCAACAGGGCGGUUUCAAUUUAAAUUUAAGCCAAGUGUUGAAUUAGGAGGAUUUCCAAGUUUGACACCCUGCAACUCUGACAAAAGAAUGACAAGAUUAGAUUGGUUUGCUGGUCCAUCUGAUUAGUUGGGUAAUACAUAUUCUCUAUUUUGUUUUAGAAAAAUAAAAAAAACAUUGCACAUCCAAAGAAAGCAAACAUCAUGAAGAUUUAUCGAUUGGAAAGAGAACUUUUAUUCAAGCAAAUAAAGAAACAGAUGGAUUGGUUAGCUUAGAAGAAAUAAUGCAAAGAAAAUCUCGAGUGCCUACUUUUGAAAAGAAAAGGAAUCUGUAAGAAUUAUUAGUUAAUGUUAAGAAUUCCAGUUCAUUUCUUAGGAGAUAAGAAUUAUCCCUAUCCUGAAAUAGAACCAAGUUUUUAUAAAUAAGAUGAUGGUCUGAUUGCAGGUUCGAAUAUCAAAAAUCGAUUUCGACAUCCUUUCAAAAUAUCAAAAAAGUAUCACGGUUGA